UAAACAAUAAUAAUACACGCGCGCGUGAGAGAAGAUCUGCGUUGAGAACAUCGUUUGCUCCGACUCUUACCAUCGUUUCACCACCAAAAGAACCCAAUCUCCGGCGAUCGGAAGCGAGAGAGAGAGAGAGAGAGAGAGAGAGAGAUGAGCAGUACAGCAGGGAAGAUGGUGACUUCAAGAUCCGAGCUUGAAUUGGAUCACCCCAACAUCGAAGAUUACCUUCCUUCCGGCUCCUCCAUCAACGAGCCUCGUGGCAAGCUCCGCCUGCGUGAUUUGCUAGACAUUUCUCCAACGCUCACUGAAGCUGCUGGUGCCAUUGUUGAUGACUCAUUCACUCGGUGUUUUAAGUCGAACCCUCCAGAGCCUUGGAACUGGAACAUCUACUUGUUUCCUUUAUGGUGCUGUGGUGUUGUUGUUAGAUACUGUCUUCUCUUUCCCUUGAGGUGCAUCACUUUAGCUUUUGGAUGGUUUAUUUUCCUUUCAACGUUUAUCCCUGUACACUCUCUCCUGAAAGGUCAGGACAGGCUGAGGAAAAAGAUUGAGAGAGUCUUGGUGGAGAUGAUAUGCAGCUUCUUUGUGGCCUCAUGGACAGGAGUUGUUAGAUACCACGGGCCACGGCCUAGCAUCCGUCCUAAGCAGGUCUAUGUUGCCAACCAUACUUCGAUGAUUGACUUCAUCGUCUUGGAGCAGAUGACUGCUUUUGCUGUUAUAAUGCAGAAGCAUCCUGGUUGGGUUGGGCUUCUGCAAAGCACAAUAUUAGAGAGUGUUGGAUGUAUUUGGUUCAAUCGUUCCGAGGCUAAGGAUCGUGAGAUUGUAGCAAGAAAGUUAAGGAACCAUGUUCAAGGAACUGACAAUAACCCUCUUCUCAUAUUUCCUGAAGGGACUUGUGUAAAUAAUAAUUACACUGUGAUGUUUAAGAAGGGUGCUUUUGAAUUGGACUGCACUGUUUGUCCAAUCGCCAUUAAAUACAAUAAGAUCUUUGUUGACGCCUUCUGGAACAGCAGAAAACAAUCAUUCACUAUGCAUUUACUGCAACUCAUGACAUCGUGGGCUGUGGUGUGUGAGGUGUGGUACUUGGAACCCCAAACAAUAAGGCCUGGUGAAACAGCAAUUGAGUUUGCAGAGAGGGUCAGAGACAUGAUAUCUCAUAGGGCAGGUCUCAAAAAGGUUCCUUGGGAUGGAUACUUGAAGUAUUCGAGGCCAAGUUCCAAGCAUAGCGAACGCAAGCAACAGAGUUUUGCAGAGUCGAUCCUGGCUAGAUUGGAAGUCAAGUGAAUGCAAAAGAUCAUUUCAUGUUUUAUGUUUUUUUUCUUUCUCUUUUUACUUGUGGUGUUUCAUUAAUCUGCUAGACAAGACAAACUCAUACCUCUUGUGCUUUUAGCUCUCUCUGUGUAUCAAUACAUUACACUUCUGAAUUCCAGCAAUAAUGAUAGUUAUGAUUCAUUCGCUC